CUUUAUCAUUAUCUUGACGGCCAAACCUUCAGCGUAGGUGCUGUUGACCCUAUGAUGAUGAUCAUGCACGCGAUAUUAUAACAUCAGUGCCCAACGCGAGCGCCAGGCAGGGGGAAUUCUUGAAAUGACGACGAGUUGUGUAGCCAAAUCGGCGCGAGGUGUCUUGCUGCUCUUCCUCACCUCAUUUGCUCUAAUACCGGGCGGUGUAGUUUACGGGAUAGAGAGCAGCCGCAGCGCAGGAGAUCUUCCAGCAAGUUCAGGUGGAACAACUACCAUUUACAACAUUCCUCCACCAGAGCUCGAUGUUGGCGGUCACGUCAGAUUCACUGCGGACGAAAUCGAGGGGGAGCUUCCCGCAAUACCAAGCUUUCUCAUCACAAAAGCAGGAGAAAAAGCAAGCAGAAGCACCAAAGAAGAAGUUGGCAUCCGUGGUGACGGGCGACUGUUGCGCGCGGAAAGCAAGACGUCUAGGACCACAUCUUUUUCACAAGUGCAACGGGAAGGCGGCCAGACGGUGCUCCUUCAGGAAAACAACCAAAACGAAAACAAGAACCCUCCAAUAGCAAUAGCAAACGCAAAGGGCACGUCCGAAAAGAAACUCUUCGAAGAAACGAACGCAGCCGCAUCGAAACAGGCACGGCACGACUUCUCUCGUCGGCCCGCCGCGGGUCACUCUUCAUCCCCAAACCAACAUGGCAUAACAGCUCAAAAUGAAACUGAGGCAUCGCUCGUUGUCGCCAGCAGGACGAGUAGUAGAAAAACUAAACAAUCACACAGAAGUAGUAUAACAAGGAACAGCAUCGACCCCGAAAACCCGAAAAACCCGACCUGGUGGCAGUGGCAGCUCGUUUGGGUCGAAACCCUCGGCGGGCACAACAGCGAGGACAAGUGCCGACUCCAAGUCCCAUUAGCACAGGAUCAAACCAACCAGUGGUACACGGAUUUCAAGACCGCAGAGCAACACUGCAGCUCCAGUCUCCUCUGCACCUACGUCCACGACCACGAUGGGAAUGCAUUGCACGCUGCCCGCCUGGACCUCGACGCGGACCCGGUGAAGUUCCAGACGACGCCAGCAAACGACCACUAUCGCAUCUGCGACAUGUCCGUGAUGUCGACACAGUACGAACACGCGUGGAGCCCGAGCCACAAUCAGCCGGCCGCCAGUGUGGAAAACACGCUGUCGAAUCAGGGGCAGGGAAACGCGAACAACUACGAUCUCGCUCUGAAGAAAACCAAUGUGCAGCUCCCCUUUGACCAGUUUUUCCCGAUCAUGCACGAAGAAAAGUGGAAGUUCGCGCCGGUGUGGGUCGCGUUGUUACCCGAUGAGGAGUACCGGAAACUGCCGCUCAACUGUCACAUCGACAACAAGGGGGGAACGUCCCACACGAUUGAGAUAUCCACAGUAAAUUUCCCGUACACGUACAAAUUCGGUCUCUGCAUGACAAAACUUGGCUUCCUCGAUCCUAGUUUAGCAUGACAAGUUUUACGCUCCUAAUUGGCGAAAUUUGUGAUGCACCUUGUACAUGUACGGGAAAUUUGUAUUGCAUAUGAGACGGAAAACGCGUACUGGUUCGCGCCGGAAGACGCCAUGAAGGAGUGCCUCGUCACGGCGGAAUGCCUAUCAAUUGCAAAGAUGUCUGGGUCUGGGAGAUUGCGACAUUUGCCAUGCUAGUCUGGUAUGACUCUGAAAUCUGUAUUGCGCGGCCGCGAGGAGCUCCUCUUGCCUGUCAUGCAAAGACGCAGGUUGGUUCUCAUGCGGAGUACGCAACUCAGAACCACGGAAAAACUUAUCAUGCGGGGCAGCGCAAUACAGAGCGCUCACUCUUCCCUUCCUUGCAUCACAAGUUUCCAGACCCCGAGGACAUGUUUGCGAUGCAUAAUGCCUGUACGUGUACGACCACGGGUGCCAGUCGCGCAUGUUUGACGCGUACGACGGGGAAAUCUCCGAGUCCGGGUAUCACAAGAAAAAGUGUUAACGUUAACGGUUUCUUUUCACAGAUUAGGAUUACAGCCAGGCAUUACAAAUAUAGCCCAAUAUGCAUGCUCUGUAUGACAAAUUGAAACUCUGGCACGUUUUGUGAUGCAAUGUUGCAUCACAAAUUUGAAUUUUGUUAACGUUAACACUUUUUCCUGUGAUACCGGGGGCCUGAAAAAGAUGCUCAUCGUCCAGGAGCCCGCGCACGAAAACGCGUGGCGGAUUUGCGGGGACGAAGAAUUGGAAGAAAUGAUGUCAAACAGCAAAGCGAGCGGGUGUGCGUGGAAAAAGACCUCGUUCAAAAAGAUAGAACAGGUCGAAGAACAAGCGGCUGCGCGAAAAACUACCGGGGGGAAGAACACGGAGGACAACACCGGGACCUUUAUGGUCGUGAACAUGGUGUUUCUGGUUGUCGUGCUAAUCGGGGUUUUGGGGGCGGUGUACUUCAUGAUGGAAGGGAACAAGAAACCCGACGACAGCGAGGAGGAAGGCGACGGGGAAGAGGAGGACGAAGAAGAUCCGCUGCGCGCAAGCCCCGCCGCGUUCAAUUUGGCGGGCGGGGGGAAAUCUAUCCUGCCGGGCGCGGGUACGAAAUCUUCGUACGGAGCUGGGACAACGAUGAACAGGUCUUCUGCGUACGGCGCCACGAGGACGGCGGGCGCCACGAGGACGGCGGGCGCGACGAGGACGGCGGGGGCGACGACUACCGCAGGAAACAAGAGCUCGUAUGCGGGAAAGUCGACGGUCGGCAACGCUACUAGUGCGUUUAAGAGUAGCGCCGGAGCUUCUGGUGUGCAGAAUGCGUCAAUGUUUAAGAGUAGCGGUUUUUAGGUACUGAGAAAGAAAGUUUUGAUGUACGAUCAGUGAAGAUGUUGAACGCCACACCUGUAGCACACGAACAAACCGUUUCCGUUUCAGAACAGAGGCUAGAACUCCAGAACUGGAUCAUGAUCAUGUAGUAUAGCCAGAUCGCCAAGAAU